CAAAGCACGGCGGCACUUCAGCUUCUGUUUACAGGAAUAAACGUACACCCCCCCCCAAAUGGUUUAAUAUUUAAGCUCUUCUGUAUUUGCGUGUCUCUCUUGAGCAGAGGACACUGCUUUGGUGGAGCUGGUGAGACCCAUCCACGAUGGUUUCCCCGGUGCUCAUCUUGUUUUCGGCUUUCCUCUGCCACGUUGCCAUUGCAGGACGGACCUGUCCCCAGCCAGAUGAAGUACCAUUUGCUGUGGUUGUUCCGUUAAAAACAUUCUAUGACCCAGGGGAGCAGAUUGUCUACUCCUGCAAGCCAGGCUAUGUGUCCCGGGGAGGCAUGAGACGAUUUACAUGUCCUCUCACAGGAAUGUGGCCCAUAAACACCCUGAAAUGUACACCCAGAGUGUGUCCUUUUGCUGGAAUCUUAGAAAACGGAAUUGUACGCUAUACGACUUUUGAAUAUCCCAACACCAUCAGUUUCACGUGUAACCCUGGGCGGGAUGAUAUGCCGCUUGCCUUGUCCUGGGUCCUUGAAUCUAGACAACGGAGAUCUCUCGUUGCAGCUGUCACCUGCCCACCACCAGUGGUUCCUAAGUUUGCAACCCUAAAGCUGCACAAGCCAUCAGCUGGGAACACCUCUCUCUAUCAGGACACAGCAGUCUUUGAAUGUUUGCCACACUAUGCCAUGUUUGGAAACGACACAGUUACGUGCACAGCCCAUGGAAACUGGACCGAAAUGCCAGAAUGCAGGGAAGUAAAAUGCCCCUUCCCAUCAAGGCCAGACAAUGGGUUCGUGAAUUACCCUGCAAAGCCCGUGCUUCAUUAUCAGGAUAAAGCCACAUUUGGUUGCCAUGACACAUACAGUCUGGAUGGCCCAGCGGAAGUGGAAUGCACCAAGAUGGGAAGCUGGUCCGCCCAGCCAAGCUGUAAAGCAUCUUGCAAAGUAUCUGUUAAGAAAGCCACAGUGCUGUACCAAGGAGAGAGAGUGAAGAUCCAGGAACAGUUUAAGGACGGAAUGAAGCAUGGUGACAAGGUCUCUUUCUUCUGCAAAAAUAAGGAGAAGAAGUGCAGCUAUACUGAAGAGACUCAGUGCGUUGAUGGCACCCUCGAGAUCCCCAAGUGUUUCAAGGAGCACAGCUCUCUGGCUUUCUGGAAAACGGAUGCUUGGGACGUGAAGCCGUGCUGAAGCCAUUUUCAGAAACCAAAUCGAAUGUCAUGUUUGUAGCUCUGCUUGUCUGAGGACUCCACCUGAAACAGCAAAAUAAAGUUGCUGAAUUGCCUCAGGCA